AUGGCUAUCAAGUUGACAGAUGACGAAAAGGACUAUGAGUCCCUAGUCAUCGCCCGUGAACAGAAACACUCUAAGAGCAGAGGAUUUAGGCUUUUAUUCAAGUUUUUGAGCAAUGUUGUAUUGGUGCUGAUCUCGCUCGCGCUAUUCUUCAAAUACGUGUGCCCAAAUCCUUCUCAGUUUGAGAUACGUGGUUCAAGUAUCCCUGGAGUUCCCGAGCCUCUGGAAAGUGCCUUCUUAAAGUCAUUGGAGACUAAUCUGGCAUCGAAUUGGUCAAAAAAGUAUACAGAGGAGCCACAUCUGGCGGGACAAGGUCUUAACCUAGUCAAUUGGACCGCUGAGAAGUUUAUGGAAUAUGGAUUGGAAACAGAGAUCGAAACAUUUGACAUAUACUUGAACUAUCCUGUUGACAAUUCAUUGAAGCUUUAUUUCGAAGGUAAGAACGGUUCUCGUCUGGCUUACCAGGCAUCUUUGAAGGAAGAUGUAUUACCUGAUGAUCCUACCACUGGAGGGGAUGACUUAGUUCCUGCUUUCCACGGCUACAGUGCAUCUGGUAAUGUCACUGGGCAAUAUGUGUAUGUCAAUUAUGGCAGAAAAGAAGACUUUCAAUUACUCGCUGAUCUCAAUGUGGAUCUCACUGGGAAGAUUGCAAUUGCAAGAUAUGGUCAUAUAUUCAGAGGACUCAAAGUUAAGUUCGCUCAAGAAGCAGGUUGUGUUGGUGUCCUACUAUAUUCUGAUCCAGGAGAUGACUAUUUUAGGGAGUCAAAGGGUGACAAAGCGUAUCCCGAAGGCCCUGCCAGAAACCCCUCUUCUCUACAGAGGGGAUCUGUGCAGUUUUUGAGUCAGCAACCAGGUGAUCCAACCACCCCAGGUGUUCCAUCUCAAGGAGAUGUGAUACGUGUAGACCCACACGACAGUAUUCCAAAGAUUCCAAGUUUGCCGGUCUCUUUCAAAGAGAUCAAACCCAUUCUCGAAAAAUUGAAUGGAUUUGGGUCAAAAGCGUCCAAGAUUGGAGGAGAUGGAUGGGUUGGCGAUUUACCAGGCUUUGAAUAUUGGACAGGUCCAAAUCCUGAAUACACUGUUAACAUCUAUAAUAAUCAAUCAUAUGAUAUUGUCCCCAUCUAUAAUGUCUACGGUAAUUUGACGGGUACUGAUCCAAGUGAAGGAUAUAUUUUGAUUGGUAACCACAGAGAUGCCUGGAUUAAAGGCGGUGCCUCAGAUCCAAACAGUGGAUCUGCAUCAAUGCUAGAGGUAAUUCGUGGUUUCCACGAGCUGACCCUUCAAGGUUGGAGACCACGUAAGACGAUCGUCUUCGCCUCUUGGGACGGUGAAGAGUACGCUCUCCUAGGUUCAACCGAAUUUGGUGAGAAGAAUGCUAAAGACUUGAAAGCCAACUGUCUCGCCUACUUGAAUGUUGAUGUAUCCGUAUCUGGGAAGAAAUUGAACAUUGCAGCUUCGCCAUUUUUGAACCAAGUGCUGACCGAAGCUCUUCACUUGGUUGAAUAUCCAUUUGGCGGAUCUCUCUUCGACCACUAUUUCGAUCGUCAUGAAAAGUUUGGUAUACUAGGUAGUGGCUCCGAUUUUACAGUCUUUCAAGAACAUUUGGGAAUUCCUUCUGUCGAUAUGGGUUUUGACAGCUCCGCGGAAGACCCUGUGUACCAUUACCACUCUAAUUAUGACUCUUAUCACUGGAUGAGUACGAUGGCUGAUCCAGGGUUUAAGUUACACAAUGCCUUGGCCAAAUAUCUCGGCAUUGUCGCCUUGAAAUUGACCGAACGAAAGGUCAUUCCAACGAAAAUCGCAGACUACGCGAGUGAGUUGGAGACUUAUUUUACUUCCCUAACUGCUAAGGUGCCUGAUGAGUGGCUGAGUGAACCUGUGAGUUGUCGUCUAGGCAAUAUAUCUGAGGCAAUCUUGUCAACCGAAGAAAAGUUGAACGAAUUCAAGACUAACGCCACGGUAUUUGAUGACUACGCCGAGAACUUACAGCUGCAAUGGGACAACUCGAAGAACUUACCCUUCUGGAAGAUCAUCCCACUACACUACAAGAUCAAGGGCCUGAACUAUAAGUUGAGAUAUUUUGAAAGAAACUUUUUGUACAAGAAGGGUCUCAAGGGAAGACCAUGGUUCAAGCACAUUGUGUACGCUGCAGGCAGAGACACGGGCUACGAGGGAUUCGCCCUACCAGGAUUAAAGGAGGCGCUUGACGACUUCGACAUUCUUUCCUUUUCUAAAUGGCUGAUGAUCAUCAAUAGACUUGCCAAGCAAUUGAGUAGGUCGUAUGAUUAUUCCACCAAAUGA